AGUUGAUUUGUGCAUUGUACAAGACUCGUUCACUUAAGUGACGUCAGUUUUGCUCCUUUUGAUUGAAUUUGGCUUUAAAGGUCCGUUUGAAAAUGACUUGCGCUGUUGCAGAUUGUACAAAGCCAAAAUCUCGAAACCGUUACUUUUCAUUUCCCCAAGAUGCCAAAUUAUGUGCUAAAUGGGUGCGCUUCUGCCGGCGCCCAGACACAAUAGACACAAAAUUGGAAAAGAUAUGCGUGGAUCACUUUCAGGCCGGCGACUUUGAAAGGGAUUUGCCCUACGAGCUGGGCGUCUACAGCAAGCCACGCCCACUAAAACUGAAGCCCGGCUCUGUGCCCAGCGUGCACCAAAACAUCAGCGAUGGCAUUGAUCGGGAUUACGACGAGGAUCAGCCAACAGAAACGUGGGCAGAUAAAGCGAAGCGGAAACAAAUUGUGGAUGCGCUUCUAACGGAAUACGAUGAAGAUCAGGCACAGGAUGAAAUCGCUGAUGAUGACACAGAUGCCAGCCAGCCAGCUGAGGAAAUCGUGCAGGUGAUGGUCGAUGCCGAGGACUACCUCACAGAGUUAGAGGAUGAAAAUACGACUCUGAGGCGUGAGAAUUUCAAAAUGAAGAUCACCGCAGAGAAGGAUGUGGCGACCAUAAGCAAGCUGCAAGAGCAAUUGUCCAAGUCCAAUGAGCGAUAUGACCAAUUGUUUAAUCAUCUGAGGACCACCUUUUCGACGGCCCAAAUACAAAAGUUGCAGAGUGGCAAACGCAUUGUUUGGCCCCAGCGAGAUCUGAGGGAGUCUUACGAGCUAUAUGCGAACUGUCCACCUGUUUACAACAUGUUGCUCCAGCGGCGCUAUCCACUACCAUCGCAGCGGACACUCCAGCACUGGGAUGCCACGGAGCGACUGCAGCUGCAGCUGGAGGAGGAGGAGGAGGAGAAGGACCACGUUGUUGAGCACGUGGAUAAUGAAGAGCAGACUGAGCAGGUGGAGCAGCUGGUGGGCUGUGAAUUUAUAGAGAUUAUAGAUAUAACGCAUUUGGAUCAUAAUUACGUCAGCAACUGACUGUGUCUGGCUGUGUUUUUUAUUAAUAUCAUUUCGAAUUAGAGUGCCUUUUUAUGAAAGUAAUUUAUAAAGUGCUUUAUAAGUGAAAUAUUAGAUUAGCCGUAUUUAAUAUGGAAACUGUUAUAGUUAAAGUGUUCUGAUGAUAAUAAUAAGUUUAAGAAUUAAAGCAGACAAGGACUAAUUUUGAUAAUGCUUUUAUUUAAAAUCGUAUUUGAUUUAAUUAAAACUAAUACAUUUGUUGGAUACUGCUGCGCACAAUUGCAGCCCAUAGUUUGGCAACAUUUACUAUCCCACGUUUGCUUUUGUUAUUAUAAUGAUAAUAAUGAAUUUCAACUUAGUCGUUUCUUUGCAUGUUUAAAUUUAGAAUUUGAAUAACUAAAAAUAUAUAUAUAUAUAUUCUUGUACAUAUAUUUAUAUAUGUAUAUAUUGCGACUUGUUAACACAUAUAUAUAAAACUAAAGAGACAUAACGCCAACUUAGGAUGCUCUUCAAUUAUAACUCCAUCAUCAUCUUCAACAGUAUUAGUAUCAUCAUCAUUAUGAUCAUUAGUA